AUAUUUUGUAAGUUAUGGUUGGUUCCCUAAGCGAUCUAGUUAGUUAGUUAGUUACGGUUGGUGCACCUGAUUUAAGUUUCCUCAUUGGCUUACUCAAAUGAUUCAAAUGGAAUGCCGUCUGGAUGCAUUACGGUCUAGUACAAUUGAUAAUAACGUAAUCAGGACAGUGUGCAGGAUGUAUGAUAUAUCGGAGCUAGAAGGUAUGAAAUUCAAGGAACUGAAAAGACUUGCCAGAGAGAAGAAUAUUUCCCGACGUUGGACUUGUAAGCGUGAAAUAAUUGACCAGAUUAUGAGUACUGGACAGGAUCAAAACUUGGACAAUAUUACUCUAACCCUUGUAGACAGCCCAGAUUCAAUGAAAAGCAGUUCUGGACCUGAAGUUUGCAAUGAAGAUGGUUUAUGUGCCCCACGACAGUCUGCAGCUAAAGCAGCAGGAACAAAAAAAAGAGAGCAACCCAGAUUUCAAAAACUUAGAAUGACAGUGUUUCAGCAACAUGAAGGUGAUUCUUCCAUUUCAGGAGCUGAAUCUUCACAUAAAAGAAACCAGCAGUAUUUUUGCACUCCUGGUAAACUGAGAGGGAGUAAAGUUAAUGAAACCUGCAGCUCCAGUACAGCAGAAGACGCUUCUGAAGUAGUUUCAUCAAGGAAAAAGAAAUCAUUGGCUCAUAAUUUUGCGGUUAGUGGUGUGACCUAUCGUGAGCAUAGGAGACCUGUGACAAGAAGUUACAAGAAUCGUUUCCCAAGUUCAGAUAUGUCAGAAAUUACUGAUGAAUGCUAUCCAGGUCUUAAUUCAACUGAAAAUUUUGAUGCAACCAGAGGAAAUGAGCGCAGUUCAACAACGUCAAGUGCUAGGAUAUCUCAUGAGACAAGACGCAAAAUUGCAGAUGAAACCAUUGACAACUUAAAAAAAAUUAAUUUGAAUCCAAGAGAAUCUUUCAAGGGAAAGAAGCUGAUUAAGUCUUCCAUUUCUGAUUCUACCGGAGUGCCUGAAAAGGAAAUGGCUGCCUCAUCUAGCAGGAAAAGACAAUUUAACAUUUUCAGAGGAGUGAAGGAGACUUCAUAUACUGGGAUGGAGGGUGCACAUUCAGAGCAAUCCAGUCCAAAAUCUAAUUUUAAUGAGACAUUUGAAAUACAGAAUGAAAGCACUAAAUCAGAUGUGAGGUUUCCAUUGGAAGAUAAUAUUAAAGAGCAAGGUGUCCAACCCAACAGCCUAAAUUCUGCUGGAGGAAAAACAAGUUUUUCCCCUCUCAGUAUUCAAGGACACAACAAGACAUCAACACCGAAAGACGAUACUCGUGACAAAGACAACGAAAUCUCAGAUUUUGGAUCUGUGAAAGCCGCGUUUGAAGUACCGUGUCCAAGUGAUGUGAGCCUUCUCGCGUCUAAUGCGGAAAACAACUAUAGAGGGAAGAAGAAGAAGAGGAGGUCUUCCUCAUGCCCACAUGAAGGAGUAGACAAAAAUAUGCAUUCAAAAGCAGUAUUUUUCAGCCCAGCAGCAAAAUUGGUUAAAUCUCCUGCGUCUUGUCAACCUAAAAGAGGUACACCAUUGAAGGGCACAAAAAUACCAAAAUUUGUCAGAAAGAUGCCAGAUUUCACAAACAUUCAUAAAAAGGAAUUUGAAAAAAUGGAGUCUGUUGUCGAUUGUCAUCAUCGGAAACUUGCCAGAGCUAAAAUGCUGUUCUCUCCAAAAGCGACGAAGGGUGUACAGUCUGUGAUGGUUUUUACUGCCCAAUCAUCUGCGACCAAACAAAUGCCAUCAAGGAAUGCAAUGACACAGACAAAUGUGUUUCCUAUGAAUGAGAUGAACAGGAACAUCCUGAAGAAGGCUGAUGGAGAGAAACCGCGUAAUGGACGGAUAAUUCAACGAUGUGAUGUUAAAGAAAUUGUUACAAAAAAGUUGCCAUUGCAAAAGAAACGAGCGGGAGAACGUGAAAAGUCCAGAACUGUGCUUCGUGGAGUCAGGCUGAACCGAAGAUUCGAAUUGCAGAUGGCGCAUAGAAAACUGAACUGAAGAUUAUUAUAAGAAUUUGUUGUAUUGUAUUUUAAAAAAUUUGUCAACUUCUUUCCAUGUUACGUAUUUGUGCAUUUCCAUAGCUUAUUUCCGAAUACUUGGGUAAAAUUCUUUUGAGUGUUUUUACGUCUUGUGAAAUUUUGGUAGUACAGUUGCUAUGAAGCUUUUCUCAACAUUAAAUUAGAAAGAUAAAGAUUCCCUCGUCUUACAUUUACAUCAAGUUAAUUUAACUUGGUCCUUAGUUUUUUAACCACUUACCUUUAACAUUUGCGAUCCUUCCCUCGGUGCAAUACUGAAACAUAAUUGGUAUGAUGUGUAAAUGCCAUAAUUGUUCUAGAAAAUGCAAGAUUUGUUUUUGUUUUUGUUUUACAGCUGGGACUAGGAGCAAAAAAGAGUGUUAACAGCAUUAGCAUGAAACUGUAAGGGUUUUCAUUGUAUAUUUAAAAUUUAAGUAACAAAUGAAAACACAAAUUGAAGCAUUGUUUUAACAGCAUAAACAUUUUAUCAUAGUAACUAUAUAAUGCUAACUUGUACUCAUGUGCAGAUUUAUUUUCAUUUGUAUCUAUUUUAUAUAGCACAAAAAUUGUUGAUUUUUAUUUGUUUGAUACAGGACUUGAACUCGGGGUACUGUACGGAAAAGAGUAAAGUUUGUUUUUAUUACCGCA